GCCAUGGAGCGCAGUGGCAAUCGCAUGUCCUCGCACACUGAGAGCGCCAGUUUCUUGCAAACUUUAACAGGACGGUUGCCGACCAAAAAGCUCUUCCAUGAGGAGCUGGCCUUGCAGUGGGUGGUCAGCAGUGGCAGUGUCCGAGAGGGCGCGCUGCAACAGGCCUGGUUCUUCUUCGAGCUCAUGGUCAAGAGCAUCAUCCACCACCUGUACUUCACUGACCGCCUGGACUCUCCCAGGAAGAAUCGUUUCCCUGAGCGCUUCAUGGAUGACAUCACCGCCCUGGUCAGCACUAUUGCCGGUGACAUUGUUUCCCGAUUCCAAAAGGAUCUGGAGCUGGUGGAGAGGCUCAACAUGAGCCUGGCCUUCUUCCUCAAUGACCUGCUGUCCGUCAUGGACCGCGGCUUCGUCUUCACCCUGAUCAGGACCUACUGGAAACAGGUGUCCACUAAGCUGUACGCUCUCCAGAACCCCACUCUGGAGUCCCUGCGUCUAGACUUCCUGCGCAUCGUGUGCAGCCACGAGCACUACGUCACCCUCAACCUGCCCUGUAGUCUUCUCACGCCACCUGCCUCUCCUUCCCCAUCUGUCUCCUCCGCCACGUCCCAGAGCUCGGGCUUCUCCACGCACGUGCAGGACCAGAAGAUUGCCAACAUGUUUGAGUUGUCUGUGCCAUUCCGGGAGCAGCACUAUCUGGCUGGCCUCGCCCUCACUGAGCUGGCCAUCAUACUGGACCCAGAAGCAGAAGGGAUGUUUGGUCUGCAUAAGAAGGUUAUCAGUGUAGUACACAACCUGAUGUCCAGCCAUGACUCUGACCCACGGUACGCAGACCCUGAGGUCAAAGCCAGGGUUGCUAUGCUCUACCUGCCACUCAUUGGAAUCGUCAUGGAAACUUUGCCCCAGUUGCAUGACUUCACUGAGUCACACAACCAAUGGGGUCGCCCGGGCGGAACGGGAGGGGAGGAGCCAGAGGUUGAGGGCAACAGUCUCAUCAGUCAGACGGUUGCCAUGGCGAUCGCUGGGACCUCUGUGCCCCAGAUGUCCAGGCCCAGCAGCUUCUUACUGAAUCCCCAGGCCACGCGGCAGCACGGCACCUUCUCGGCCGAGUCCAGCCGCAGCCUGCUCAUCUGCCUGCUCUGGGUGCUGAAGAACGCCGACGAGAUGGUGCUGCAGAAGUGGUUCACUGACCUGUCCGUGUCCCAGCUCAACCGCCUGCUGGACAUGCUCUACCUCUGCGUCUCCUGCUUCGAGUACAAGGCCCAUGUUCUGUUCACCAUGCAGGGUAAGAAAGCGUUUGAGCGCAUGAACAGCCUGACCUUCAAGAAGUCCAAGGACAUGAAGGCCAAGCUGGAGGAGGCCAUCCUGGGCAGCAUAGGAGCACGGCAGGAGAUGGUGCGACGCAGCAGAGGACAGCUGGAGCGGAGUCCAUCAGGCAGUGCCUUUGGCAGUCAGGAGAACCUGCGCUGGAGGAAAGACAUGACCCACUGGAGGCAGAACAGCGAAAAAAUGGACAAGAGCCACAGAUCAGUCAGGUUUAGAGACACCCUACCUCGCUCUGGGAGGAGCCAGGAGCCUUUGUUAGCAGCUAGGACGCGAGCGGAGCUUGAGCAUGAAGCGCUCAUUGAUGGGAAUCUGGCGACAGAGGCCAACCUCAUCAUCCUGGACACGCUGGAGAUCAUCGUCCAGACGGUGUCGGUGACCGAGUCGAAGGAGAGCAUCCUGGGAGGGGUGCUGAAGGUGCUGUUGCACAGCAUGGCCUGCAACCAGAGCGCCCUCUACCUGCAGCACUGCUUCGCCACACAGAGAGCACUCGUGUCCAAGUUCCCGGAGCUGCUGUUUGAGGAGGAGACGGAGCAGUGUGCUGACCUGUGUCUGAGGCUCCUGAGGAGCUGCAGCAGCAGCAUCAGCACCAUUCGCGCUCACGCCAGUGCCUCGCUCUACCUGCUCAUGAGGCAGAACUUUGAGAUUGGCAAUAACUUUGCUAGGGUGAAGAUGCAGGUGACCAUGUCUCUGUCCUCUCUGGUGGGCACGUCUCAGAACUUCAACGAGGAGUUUCUGCGGCGCUCACUGAAGACCAUCCUGACCUACGCUGAGGAGGACCUGGAGCUCAGAGAGACCACCUUCCCAGACCAGGUUCAAGACUUGGUAUUUAACCUGCAUAUGAUCCUGUCAGACACGGUGAAGAUGAAGGAGCACCAGGAAGACCCAGAGAUGCUCAUAGAUCUCAUGUACAGAAUUGCCAAGGGUUACCAGACGUCUCCAGACUUGCGUCUGACAUGGCUGCAGAACAUGGCUGGCAAACACUCAGAGCGCAACAAUCACGCCGAGGCUGCCCAGUGCCUGGUGCACAGCGCCGCCCUGGUGGCAGAGUACCUCAGCAUGCUGGAGGACCGCAAGUACCUGCCUGUGGGCUGUGUCACCUUCCAGAACAUCUCCUCCAACGUGCUGGAGGAGUCGGCCGUGUCUGACGACGUGGUGUCGCCUGAUGAAGAGGGCAUCUGCUCUGGGAAAUACUUCACUGAGGUUGGCCUGGUGGGGCUGCUGGAGCAGGCUGCUGCCUCCUUCUCCAUGGCUGGCAUGUAUGAGGCUGUGAAUGAGGUGUAUAAGGUCCUUAUACCCAUACAUGAAGCCAACAGAGAUGCCAAGAAGCUAGCUACCAUUCAUGGUAAACUGCAGGAAGCCUUUAGCAAAAUUGUCCACCAGAGUACGGGCUGGGAGAGGAUGUUUGGGACUUACUUUAGAGUCGGAUUUUAUGGCUCUAAAUUUGGAGACUUGGAUGAGCAGGAGUUUGUGUACAAAGAACCAGCUAUCACUAAGCUGGCAGAAAUCUCACAUAGACUUGAGGGUUUCUAUGGGGAAAGGUAUGGAGAAGACCAAGUUGAAGUCAUUAAGGAUUCCAACCCUGUGGACAAGUGCAAAUUGGAUCCCAACAAAGCUUUCGUCCAGAUUACCUAUGUAGAGCCCUACUUCGAUACUUACGAGAUGAAGGACCGCAUCACGUACUUUGACAAGAACUACAACCUGCGGCGCUUUGUCUACUGCACACCCUUCACGCUGGACGGACGCGCGCAUGGUGACCUGCAUGAGCAGUACAAACGCAAGACCAUCCUCACCACCUCCCACGCCUUCCCCUACAUCAAGACCCGCAUCAACAUCAUCCACAAGGAAGAGAUCAUCUCCAUGCCAAUAGAGGUGGCCAUCGAGGACAUGCAGAAGAAGACCCAGGAGCUGGCUUUUGCCACCCACCAAGAUCCAGCAGACGCUAAGAUGUUGCAGAUGGUGCUUCAAGGAUCUGUAGGCACCACAGUCAAUCAGGGACCGCUGGAGGUAGCCCAGGUGUUCCUGUCUGAAAUCCCAAGUGACCCUAAGCUUUACAGACACCAUAAUAAGCUUCGCCUUUGCUUCAAAGAUUUUACAAAGAGGUGUGAAGACGCCCUUCGCAAAAACAAGAGCCUGAUUGGUCCUGACCAGAAGGAGUAUCAGCGGGAGCUGGAGAGGAACUACCACAGACUGAAGGAGGCUCUGCAGCCCCUCAUCAACAGGAAGAUCCCUCAGCUCUAUAAGCCUGUGCUGCAGGUCAACUCCCACAGCAAAAGGACAACUUGACAAGAGAUUCCUUCAGUCGAAUGAGUCUUCGUAAACUCGAGAUGUGAACAAAUACCAUGAAGAAAAGGAAAGGAGAUGGCUUGUGCACAUGAAGAAAAGGAUAAUUUAUUUGUUUGUAAAUAUCAACGGCCCUUGAGAAAAUUCAGUGUUCCUGCAUAGGGAGGAUGGGGGGGGAGCUUGUGUUUAACAUUGGUACGUCAUUCCAAUACCUUUUUCGUUUACAAAAACGUUCUGUUACGAAAUCAUUGGAACUGAAAAUGGAUUUUUACAGCGUACGGUAUGUGUCAAAAUCUGGAUUAAAUUUCCUGUGUGCACUUUUUAUUUUUUAAACUGUGUUCCGAUGCAUUUUAUUAGACAUUGUACAACUUGAAAGUUUACUAUUUAAUCCAAAAUGACAACAAGCUAAGAAAAUGUACCACUAUUUAUCAUGACGGUUCAUCAUCUUUUUUUAAGUUACUGGUACUGCAUUUGUUAAAAAAAGAAAAGAAAAAAAGAAAAUAGGGUACUGUUUCAAACAUCCUUGAAUUGUUUUAUGUAGCUUUUGUUUACUUUAAAUAUUUUACUAAAUAAAUUUUAAUGUCUGUA